AUGAUGUUCACCAAGACUUUCGGCAUUGCUGCCGCCUUCGCUGCCGUGGCCUCCGCGCUCCCUAACGGCCUGGCCAACAAGGUCCGCCGCGACGACGUCGCUACUGGCGGUUCCGUUCUGAUUACCAACAACCUGAAUGUCGACGUCUACGCCUGGUCCGUGACCGACGUCUCCGGUCCCAUGUUGGUUCUCCCCGCCAACGGUGGUGUCUACACCGAGGCCUGGAAGCUCAACCCCAACGGAGGUGGUGUCUCCAUCAAGCUGUCUACCGACCCCAACCAGCAGGAUGUGCUGCAGUUCGAGUACACCCAGGCCGUCGACACCAUCUUCUGGGAUCUGUCGUGCAUCAACAUGGGCUCGGACUCCCAGUUCACCAAGUAUGGCUUUGCGGUUCAGCCCACUGACGCAACCUCCUCUUGCCCCUCGGCCAUCUGCGCUGCCGGCGACACCGCUUGCUCGGAUGCUUACCUGCUCCCUUACGACGACUGGGCGACUCACGGCUGCCCCAUCAACACUGGUCUUUCUCUGACCAUCGGCCAGUAA